UAUCUUUGCAGUCGUAGAUGAAGCCGGAGGAAUGGACGUUUGAAUGUGUGGUAUGAGGUGAGUUAAAGCCGGAAUGUUGACAUUUUGGCAAGAAACCUCAUCUACUUUUACAAUGACCUUAUCGAUCAGUUAGAAUGCUGAUUUGUUCAGCACGCACUGUAAGCGAUUCUAACGGCUGGAGAAGAAACGUUAUCUUUACACGAAUUGUCUUGCGUAUGCGUGCGCGUGAGCUGGACAGUCGCAUGGAAAAAGUGAAUCCGAGAAGACGUUUCCAUUGGAGUUCAGCUUAAAUAACCGAUAGACAAAGGGGAAACUACAGAAAAUUGAAGAGGGCAGAGCUUGUUGGACCUGAGGCGUAGCAUCUAUUUGCAGUGAUGUUGCUAAAUAGAGAGAGAGAGCGAGAAUGCAGGCACGAAGAGAGCCGUAGGGAGUAAAAAGAUAAUGCUGCUUUUCAGUUUUCAACAUGGAAUCUGCUAAAACAGUGAUGGAUUAAGUGGAUCAAAAUUGAUGACAUUUUUACAGAUAAAACCUUCUUGUGGAGUAACUGAGGCCUAUCUUGACGAACAAAUAAAAAUGGAGCCAAGAUGAAAAUGGGAUACAUUUUAACUCCAACUGAAAGAAUGGGCAAGUCGAAACUAUUCAGGAUUUUUUUACUGCUGGGUUCUUUUUUCAUGAUUUUGCUUAUUAUUAUUUACUGGGAUGAUGUUGCUUCCAAUCACUUUUACCUCCAUAAUGUGAUAUCAGGAUCUCAGUCUUCACAUCUUCCUUCCAAUGUACGAUCCUUUCAAAACCAAAAUGAAGAACCAGUUUACUCUGAGAAGCUGCCUUUUACAUCAGACGUUGAAGACAUUCUCCACCAGAUUCUGGAGUUUACCACAAAGGGUAAUACAGUAUUAAACGAGCAUAAAGACCAAAGAAUAACAAACAAAAAAAGUGUAACUGAAAGACUAGAAGAGAAUUUUAGAGGCUAUGAUUGGAAGUCUCGACACUCGACAAACUCUAAUAGAACACACUCACAGAUUGAAAGGAAACAACUUGUUAGUUAUACUUGCACCAGCUCCUCUCUGGAUUUUCCUGGAAAAAAUAGGACAUUUGAUGAUAUUCCAAAUAAGGAGCUAGAUCACUUGAUUGUUGAUGACCGACAUGGAAUCAUAUAUUGUUAUGUGCCUAAAGUUGCUUGUACAAAUUGGAAACGUGUUAUGAUAGUGCUAGCUGAAAGCCUGGAACACCAGGGUAUGCCAUAUCUAAACCCUUUAGAAAUCCCCAGGGAGCAUGUGCACGAUGUUAAUGCACACUUAACCUUCAGCAAAUUUUGGAGACGUUAUGGAAAAUUUUCUAAACAUCUAAUGAAUAUCAAACUAAAGAAAUACACAAAAUUUUUGUUUGUUCGAGACCCUUUUCUGAGGCUUAUUUCAGCCUACAGGAGCAAGUUUGCAAUAGAAAAUGAAGAGUUUUACAAGAGCUUUGCUGUGACAAUGCUUAAAAGAUUUACAAAUCAUACUGACCCUCCUAAAUCUGUGGUUGACGCUUUUGUGGCAGGGAUUAAGCCUUCAUUUUCAAAUUUUAUUCAGUAUUUAUUAGAUCCACAGACAGAGAAGCAUGCACCUUUCAAUGAACACUGGCGCCAAAUGUAUAGACUUUGUCAUCCAUGCCAGAUAAAUUAUGACUUUGUGGGUAAGCUAGAAACUUUAGAUGAAGAUGCAGAAUUUUUAUUAAAACUGCUUAAAGUGGAUGAUCUUGUUCAGCUUCCUCCUAGCUUUCACAAUAAAACUGUGAGCAGUUGGGAGGAAGAAUGGUUUGCUAGCAUCCCAGUUGAAUGGAGACAACAACUGUACGAACUUUAUGAGGCAGAUUUUAAACUUUUUGGAUAUCCAAAGCCAGAGAAACUUUUACAAGAUUAAAAACUGCAAAGAAGUAUAAUGAAAAUGCCAUUUUGUGUAUUUUUAUUUUACUCACAUUUGUGAUGAGUGUCAAUUAAUUGUUAAAAUUGGUGAGUGAGGGCGUUGGUUGUUCAUAGGUGAAUACACUGUGGUGGUUCUUAAUGAAAUCCUUGCACAUGACAAACUGCAAAUUUCUUGCAUUACCUUAAAUAUAUAUUUUUUAACUUGUACAAAAGGAUGUUCAUAUUUUUGCCUGCUUAUUAUCAAGGCUUAGAGAAUAUUGUUUAUAUUUUUAUUACUUUUUUCAGGUGUAUAAUUAAGGUAAAUGUGUUUAAAUCAGUAUAUAAUAUAAAUAUUGGUGUUAGGUGGAACACAUCAGUUUUUCAGAACAAUAAUCUCUUGUAUCUUCAGGGAUGACACAAUAUUAAUUCAUUUUUGUUAAAUUUCAUUUGAAAGUUUGAAAAUUUUCAGUCAUCAUUGUUAAAUGAUUAAUGUAUGUUUUAUGCCUUAAUUAAAUUAAUAUAUAUAGGAAGUGGCAGUCAGUCAUUUCUCUAUUGCCUUUUUCAUCCAAGUCAAAUUUCAGCCUUUUAAGGCCAUGUGAUAUUAUUAUGUGACUUUUCCAGCAAUUUGCAGUUGUAGCCUUCAUUUACAUUCUCAUCAAGUCAGAGGUAGUCAUUGUUGUGCUCCUGUGACCAUCAGUCACGCAAUGUGACAUGCCCAGUGACUUAACUCGCUCUGACAAAAUCUAACGGGUGUGAUUUUUUGCUUUUAGUUGUAGGGCAGGCUUACCUGCAUGUGGUAACUGACAACCAAUGAAGGUUCAUCUGGAAGUAUAAUGUAACGAGAAAUAAGAAACAUGGGUUUUUUUAGAGCAUCAUAAACGCAAGAGAAGCAGGUCUGUUUGAUUGCCUUUGGUUUUUGUACUGCAACA